UAUGCUGUAAUAAGUAAUAAUGAAAGAGUUAUUAUAAUAACCAUAAGAAACAUGGCGAAUUUAAAGUUGCCCGAGCUAGAUACGCGAAGUGUAUUAGAAGUUGUAAAUGAAAAUUUUCAGAGAGUGGGAUAUAAAACCUAUGCAAUUCGUAUGAUUUAUACUGGCGAACAUACUGUUACCAAGAAUCUAGUUACAGAGAAAAUUGGUAAAUCUGUGAAUUAUGUGAACUCUGGAUAUUGUGACAUACCUGUGAAUGGAGUACUGUUGGUGUAUGAUAGCUACUUUGUCCAUGCUAUCGAGGGUUCAGAAGAUAGCGUCUUUAGGCAGUUGAGGUUCCUUUACAACAUCGAAAAGCAUUGGAUAGAAAAGAUGAAUAAGGUAGAUGAAGAGGAGGAAGCCGCAGCGGCAGCGGCGGCUGCGGCUGAGGGACUGACCAUCCUCAAGGAUGAAGAACAAGCUCCGAAGGAAGAGAGGGUGAUGUUCCGCAGACUCAAGUUACUUAUGGUUUAUCAUUCAAUAACCAAGCUAAAGUUCAGCGACUGGCGCGCCCAUUACGCUCGCCCCGCUUCUCUGGUUGGCAAGUUGGACCUCUACGGACCAGUGUCGGAGCACAUGGAGCAACUGCGGGUUUGCCUCGACAAGAUUGCCAAAUUGAUAAAACUUUCCACCGAGAUCGAGAAUCUGUCUUUCGAGGGCCUGAGCGCGAACGACCCUCAUAUGGAGGCGCUUCCGGAAGUGGCUUUAUUGGACUUCCUGCUGCAGUCACCAUUCACUAUAGAACUGCACGAGGUCUCAUCAUUUCAUCGUCGAGUCGAUGACUACGUAUUCUACUUCGAGCAAGUCUGGCCGCUUCCAACGGCGUUCACGCCACGUCACUUGUACAAGUUAAAGAUCGACGAUUCGUUCGUGGAGCCCCUGCCCGUGAUGCCGUGGGAGAUUCAAGAGGCAGAUGAAGAGAAAGAAGGAGAGGGGCAGGACAAAGGUAGCUCUUCCAGUGACUAGAGUCAGUCAUCAAGUAGACACGUACAGUCUGUCCUUCUUCAUAAUCUAGACAAUUCUAGUCAGUUUUGUAACUCUUAAUUCAUUUGUAUGUUAUAAUUAAGUCUAUAUACCUACCUUAAUAAAAUAUCAUUAUUAUCGUAA